UCCCCAGAUUUGAUUGAGUCAGACACGCGGUUUCCAAGUUACCAUGGAGAGCGUUGCUACGUGACGCUUCCUGAUAUCCAGGAAGAGACGCUGCUACUUAGCUGUAGCAAGGAGGAGAAAAAUGGAGGAUAACUUCCACCUCGGAGAAGCAGGAGCGAUGAAAAGCGUUGCCAAGUCUGGACGAAGAGCUCGCCUUGCAGCAGACCAAUCAUCCUUUGAAGAUUCUCGUUACGUGAGGAAGUCCUCCACCUCUGCUUCAGCGGGAGAGGAUGAUGAUGAGGGCCCACCUCCUCCCAAGCCGGCCCGGCGACAGGGUGGCUGGGCAGAAGAAAGCUCUGGGUCUGGUUCUGCCAAGUCUUCAAGAAGACCUGCAGCUGAGGACCUGGAAGACCGCCGCCUGCGACCACAAACUCCCCAGGGAUUAGAUGAUGAAGGAGAUAUCCCAGUGAUUCCAGACCUUGAAGAAGUGCAGGAGGAAGAUCUCACCAUGCAAAUUGCGGCUCCACCAAGCGUCCAGGUGAACCGGGUAAUGACGUACAGAGAUCUGGACAAUGAUCUGAAGUAUUACUCUGCAUUCCAAACCUUAGAUGGAGAGAUUGACUUGAAGCUCCUCACCAAGGUUUUAGCACCGGAGCAGGAGGUGAAAGAGGAUGAUGUGAGCUGGGACUGGGAUCAUCUGUUUACAGAGGUGUCCUCAGAGCUGCUGAUGGAAUGGGAUCAAGGAGAUAGUGAGGAGCUGGCUGCAUUGCCUGUAACAUGAGGAGGAGGUUUGAACUGACUUUAAAUGGCUCCAGUGGGAAUGGUGUGAGAAUGUCCAUUGCACAGAAAGGCCAGAAACUUUGGUUAUGUUAACUUUAAUUACUGUUGUUAACCAGAAUUUCUAUUUUUCUAAAGUGUAUGUACAGCAUUUCUAAAUAAAGUUCUCUGCUCAGGGAACAGUUCAAUGUC